CACCUAACCCACACCACAGCCUGCAGCCCUGCUCCUCUGUGCACCUGAGGACUUAAGACAAGAAAAGGCAGCAUGAAUGUAAGUAUCUCGUCAUAUCCUCAGAUCUCUACACUGCCCUCUGAUCCUCUCUGUGGCAGCUGCCCGUCCACUGGUUCUGCCCCACAGACUAACAGCCUUUGGCCCGGCCUGACACCAUCUGUGACUCCAUUCCCCGCGUGGCCGGGACAGCCCACCCAGCCUGCACCGUGCUGGACUGGCCAGCCAAACACACCGUGCUGGCCUGGGACACAACCAGCUCCGGUCUCUGUUCCUGCACCAGUUUCAUAUCCAGCCUCAACCCAAGUUAUGUCACCAGCUCCUGUACCAACCACUGUCAUCACCACAGCUCCAGCUCCAACUGCCUUUCCAGUUCCAGCCCCAGCUCCAGUGCAGCCCUGCGGGCCUUGCUGGCCAGGCACCCAGUACCAACCUACACAGUUCCCAGCUCCAAUUCAAGCUCAGAUCCCUGCUCAAGUCCCAGCUCCAACUCUAGUCCCAGUCCCUACACUUGCUCCUGUUCCUCCUCCCACUCUUGCUCCUGUUCCUACUCCUGCUCCCGUUCCUGCUCCUCGUCCUGCUUCCACCGUCAAUCCACGCGUACCAGGAUGGCCUAUCCACCCCAGUUGGGCUGGUUGGCCAGGCCAGCCUGGAUGGCCGGGCCAGAAUCCAUCCAUGAUGCCUACACACUGGAUUCCACCCACAUCUGGGCCUCUAAGUGUGCCAUACAACUUGAACCUGGCCCGUGGAGUGUAUGACAAGAUGAUGAUGACCAUCUUGGGUCAUGUGAAACCUAAUGCUAAAAUGUUCACAGUGAACUUUCUGCGAGGCAAUGACAUUGCCUUUCAUAUCAACCCUCGCUUCAGCGAGGGGGGCAAGCAGGUGGUGGUUCGUAACCACAAACUGGGUGAGCGCUGGGGGCCAGAGGAGAGAGAGAUGAAGGGACCCUUCCCCUUUGCUCUUGGCAGCCCUUUUGAGAUGAAGAUCAUGUGCACUCAGGAUGCGUUCCGAGUGGCAGUGAACAACAUCCCACUGUUUGAGUUCCGCCACCGCAUCAGGGAGCUCAACCAGAUCGACAGAAUCAACAUCCUGCACGACGUCGUCCUCACCUUCGUCAACGUGGAGACCCUCCCUUAGGACACCACACUUUCACUCAUGCAACCACCAACACACAAGACACACACGUGUGUACAGAUGUGUUGAAGGACAUAAAAUGCAGAUUUAUGGAGAUACUAAAGCUUUCCCACUUUUAUAUCACAGUGUGUAGGGACUUAAAACAUGGCUUUUUAUGUCAUUAAGUAUUAAUAAUCACAUGAGCUGAGCUCAGUGUAUAAUCUGCCAGAAUAUUUUUUGCACAACUAACCAUUUAUUAUCCUUUUAGCUUUCGAUUAAGGAAAUGCUACUGCUAUUUAUUGCGUACAACUUUUCCUAUAGUACUCAAAACUGUUACUAAUGAAGAAUAAAACAUGCAUCACUAUUGUCAGGAAACAAUGGAGGGUUUAAUGUGGCUGAGUCUUUCUGUUAACUGUAAUUAUUCUGGAAUAAAACUGUCAGUCAGAGAUAAUGAUGAUGAUGUCUCCACUGUUUAUAGUUUCAGAGACAGAGAAUUGGUAAAAAAAAUCUCUUUCAGGGAAAUCUGAAAAAUCCAAAACCAGCACUAUGAAACCCUUCAUAAAUGUACAGGAGCAUUUAAUCUAAACGCAAUAAUAAGUGCAUUAAACUUACAGCUACGUUUGCAAUGAGAUCCUGUUUGUUGUGGUUUGGUGAUAUGCAAAUAAAACACAAAUUUAAUCUGCUUCUACA